AUGGGCGUUUGGGCUCGAUCGAAUGAAGAUCGUAUUACUGGCGUGCAUCCGCCUUCAUAUUCGGAGCAGUGGCAUUCUAGCAACGAUGUGAUGAUUCUAAAUCCAGCACUCAAGAAGAAGGAGCUCAGACUAUUCGGCUAUGAAACAGACUUGGCUAUUCACCGGUUCAAGAUUCUGGCUGAUGUGAAAGUGUCUCCCUAUUACGACCCAGACUAUAGUCGGCAUCUUUCUACAGUAAGACCAGAGAAAGAGGAUGGUGCUACCACUCAGACGGCAAAAAAUACCUCUUCUACCCGUGUGGGCCUCCCUACCAAGGAGAACGCCGACAGCUCCUAUUCUAGCAAGAGCCACUGGCUCCGCUCUUUGAAAAGGAAGCAUUUGCGAAAGCGCACGAAAGCGUUGCAAGCCACCGUUACUGAGCUCUCUGCGCCUAAAUUCACAGCCAUCUCCAUCCCCACCAACCCACCAAGAUUGCGUAACAGGAUCGUCCUGAGCCAAGACACAAUCUCCCUCUCUGACCCAACAGGGCGUAUCAGUUUUGAGCCCUCUCCCUUCAAAGUCACUCUCGAAACCACCUUACUGGAGGAGCGACCUUACACGAUCUGCAGCACCGUUCUCCAAAGAUACCCACUCCAGACCGAGCAUCAAGACCUUGAAUCCACCCUCUCCCGCUUCGAAGUUGUGGACAACGAGACAGGCUAUGUAUUGAGCCAGAAGCCACCUUCUAGUCUCAGCGGAGCUAGCGAAACCGAUUCCGAGCGGAUUAGCGGGCACAAAUCAAAGAAAUCCCGCAAAACCCCUAAGCACGGAAGAGAAAUACCAGGCAUCAGCAGAGCCACCUGUACAGAACUUCACCCAUAUCGUGCUUCCCAUCUGACCCUCGUCUCCCACCCGAUACCCUGCAAGUCCAGCACCGAGCGCCUUUUCGACGCAUUGCGAAUCUCUGACCCGAAGCUCCUUGUCGGCCGGAGGCUGAGGAUACGCUUGAGACCCGCUGUUGCCCUGUGGAGUGCAAGGUCUAUGAGGGAGGUAUUCGGGUUUGAAGAGGAGGUCAAGGCGUGGCCGGAUGCGUAUGAAAGGCCCUUGGUUCUGAAGUGCUUGGACGGAGGAGUAGAGGCAGAAGAGGAGGAGGCAUAUAAGGGUGAAGCGGAGUUUGAGGUUGUGGAGUGA